CCGCCUCCCUCCGCCGCUCGCUGCCGGCUCGGUCGCCAGCCCGCCCUCCCGGCCGGCAGGUACUUUGCCUCCAGAAGCCUAGGCAGGACUCCUGCAGGCUCCGAGCGCCCUUUUUCCUCCGCCUCCUCACCUCCCUACGGAUAAAGAAGAUCCCACUUUUGAGAGCAUCCCAACCGUAGGAUGCAGCCCACCCAAGCCAAACCCUGACAGGCGUGUGCUGUCGUCCCUUUCCACAGUUCUCCCGGACCCUUGUGGAAUAGAAAGACAGACAGUUCUCCAUUGGACUGGUAGGAAAGGAAAGAGAAGACUCCUCGAGGUUUCUUACCAAAGAGAAUGGAGCGGCCGUGUUAGUGAAGAAAUGACGGCAUGAACAAGUAAAGGACCUGUCUGAAAGUCCACGAUUCAUACACAUCCAGUUUUCCCAAUAUCAUUUGCUGAAGAGGCUGUCUUUUCUCCAGGAAAUCUUGAGGAGUUCGACACUUUUCAUCCUCCAGCCAUCUUCAUCCUGUGGAGGAGACUGUAUCUUGGCAGAAAUAAGAAGCAAGCUGUUCCUGGCCUGCGGUACUCUAGUGGAGGGUGUCUGACUGGCAGCAUGUUGGCACUGGUGCUGAGUGACAUGAUGUGCUUCGGCUCCAGGUUCCUGUCCUGAGACCAUAGCAGAAUGUGCCUUGGACAAAGGCGUGGAUUCCUGGACCAUCUGGUAACUUUGAAAGUCUGGUCUCAGGGUGGUGAACUUUUCCUUUGAAUUCAUAACCUGUGAGUUUAAGAUGACAGUGCCUGGCCAUUAACGGAACAAGUGUGGUUUCGGAUGUUUUGUGGCCAGGAACUGUGUCUGCAAUUGCCUACAGUGGUUAAUAUAAGGAAGACUUCUGGUGACCACCUGGGGGAUCUAAAAAGCAAGCUCUGAAAGGGCUCUAUCUGAAGUUUUUGAGCCGAGGACUCACUGUGGCUGGAACUGUGGUUUCCAGCUGUCAGCGUGGGCUGUGACAGGCUGCAGGAUGGCGUCCAUAGCCAGACCUCUGUGGCUGCUCCUCAUCUUCUUCCUCCACGCAAUUGCCGAGACACCUCCACGAUUUACACGGACUCCCGUGGAUCAGACAGGAGUCUCUGGUGGAGUCGCCUCUUUCAUUUGUCAAGCUACAGGAGACCCGAGACCUAAAAUUGUCUGGAACAAAAAAGGAAAGAAAGUCAGCAAUCAGAGAUUUGAGGUAGUCAUAGAGUUUGACGAUGGAUCAGGAUCAGUUCUCAGAAUACAGCCUUUAAGAACUCCAAGGGAUGAGGCCAUUUACGAAUGUGUGGCCUCAAAUAAUGUGGGAGAAAUAAGUGUAUCCACCAGACUCACAGUUUUACGUGAAGACCAGAUUCCCAGGGGCUUCCCCACCAUCGACAUGGGCCCGCAGCUGAAGGUGGUGGAGCGCACUCGCACCGCCACCAUGCUCUGUGCAGCCAGUGGAAAUCCAGACCCAGAAAUCUCGUGGUUUAAGGAUUUCUUACCCGUUGACACAAGCAACAACAAUGGUCGUAUUAAACAGUUACGAUCAGAAUCUAUUGGUGGUACACCAAUACGAGGAGCCCUGCAGAUCGAGCAGAGUGAAGAAUCUGACCAAGGAAAGUAUGAGUGUGUUGCCACCAACAGCGCGGGCACUCGCUACUCUGCCCCUGCCAAUUUAUAUGUCAGAGAGCUGCGAGAAGUUCGCCGUGUCCCACCAAGAUUCUCUAUCCCACCCACUAAUCAUGAAAUCAUGCCAGGUGGAAGUGUUAAUAUCACCUGUGUGGCAGUGGGAUCACCAAUGCCUUAUGUGAAGUGGAUGUUGGGGGCAGAAGAUCUGACACCUGAGGACGAUAUGCCAAUAGGAAGAAAUGUCCUAGAACUGAAUGAUGUAAGACAGUCUGCAAAUUACACCUGUGUUGCUAUGUCCACACUGGGUGUCAUUGAAGCAAUAGCACAGAUCACGGUCAAAGCCUUACCCAAACCUCCAGGAACUCCAGUUGUGACUGAGAGUACUGCUACAAGCAUUACACUUACAUGGGACUCUGGGAACCCUGAACCUGUCUCUUACUAUAUAAUUCAGCAUAAACCUAAAAAUUCUGAGGAACCUUACAAAGAAAUUGAUGGGGUAGCAACCACACGGUACAGUGUUGCUGGAUUAAGUCCCUAUUCAGAUUAUGAAUUCAGAGUUGUUGCUGUUAAUAACAUUGGCCGAGGGCCUCCGAGUGAACCUGUGCUAACUCAGACCUCAGAGCAAGCACCUUCCAGUGCCCCGCGGGAUGUCCAGGCACGGAUGCUGAGCUCUACCACCAUCUUGGUACAGUGGAAGGAACCAGAGGAACCAAAUGGACAGAUCCAAGGAUACAGAGUUUAUUACACAAUGGAUCCCACUCAACAUGUCAACAACUGGAUGAAACACAAUGUAGCUGACAGCCAAAUCACUACUAUUGGCAACCUAGUGCCCCAGAAAACAUACUCUGUCAAAGUACUGGCUUUCACCUCAAUUGGAGAUGGUCCGCUUUCAAGUGACAUACAAGUCAUCACACAGACAGGAGUACCAGGGCAGCCUCUAAACUUCAAAGCAGAACCUGAAUCUGAAACAAGCAUUCUGCUGUCUUGGACACCUCCACGGUCAGACACCAUUGCCAGCUAUGAAUUGGUCUACAAAGAUGGGGAACAUGGAGAAGAGCAACGAAUCACCAUCGAGCCAGGCACAUCAUAUAGGUUGCAAGGGCUAAAACCAAAUAGCCUGUACUACUUCCGUCUGGCAGCACGCUCCCCUCAAGGCCUGGGUGCUUCUACCACAGAAAUUUCAGCAAGAACCAUGCAAUCAAAGCCAUCAGCUCCUCCUCAAGACAUUAGUUGCACCAGCCCAAGUUCCACUAGCAUUUUGGUAAGUUGGCUACCUCCACCAGUGGAAAAACAGAACGGCAUUAUUACACAAUACUCCAUCAAGUAUGCUACAGCGGACGGGGAAGACGAUAAGCCUCUCGAGAUUUUGGGAAUUCCUUCGGACACUACCAAAUACCUUUUGGAACAGCUGGAAAAAUGGACUGAAUACCGGAUCACUGUGACUGCCCACACAGAUGUCGGCCCUGGCCCUGAGAGCUUGUCCGUGUUGAUUCGAACCGAUGAAGAUGUUCCUAGUGGUCCUCCUCGCAAAGUCGAGGUGGAGGCUGUCAACUCAACAUCUGUUAAAGUCUCAUGGCGCUCACCUGUACCCAGCAAACAGCAUGGCCAGAUCAGAGGAUACCAGGUACAUUAUGUGAGGAUGGAAAACGGUGAGCCCAAGGGCCAGCCCAUGCUGAAGGACAUCAUGCUGGCUGAUGCACAGUGGGAAUUUGAUGAUACUACUGAACAUGACAUGAUCAUUUCGGGGCUACAGCCUGAAACUUCGUACUCCCUCACUGUCACAGCCUAUACCACUAAAGGAGAUGGUGCUCGCAGCAAGCCCAAACUAGUGUCCACCACUGGGGCAGUUCCAGGGAAACCCCGACUUGUGAUUAACCACACACAGAUGAAUACUGCUCUCAUUCAAUGGCACCCCCCUGUGGACACCUUUGGACCCCUUAUGGGCUACCGUUUAAAAUUUGGCCGCAAGGACACGGAGCUGCUCACUACUCUUGAGUUCUCUGAUAAAGAAGAUCACUUUACAGCCACAGACAUCCACAAGGGAGCCUCGUAUGUCUUCAGGCUCUCAGCCAGAAACAAAGUGGGCUUUGGUGAGGAAAUGGUAAAAGAGAUUUCCAUUCCAGAAGAAGCGCCAACUGGAUUCCCUCAGAACCUACACUCAGAAGGAACCACUUCAACCUCCGUCCAAUUAUCUUGGCAGCCACCUGUCCUAGCAGAAAGAAAUGGCAUUAUCACCAAGUACACCCUUCUAUAUAGGGAUAUCAACGUCCCCCUCCUUCCAAUGGAGCAGCCUGUUGUUCCAGCUGACACCUCUAUGACACUCAGUGGCUUAAAACCAGAUACCACUUAUGAUGUAAAAGUAUGUGCUCACACGAGCAAAGGGCCCGGUCCAUAUAGUCCCAGUGUCCAGUUCAGGACACUACCUGUGGAUCAAGCAGUGUUUGCAAAAAAUUUUCAUGUGAAAGCAGUAAUGAAGACUUCAGUAUUGCUAUCUUGGGAGAUUCCAGAGAAUUAUAAUUCUGCCAUGCCUUUCAAAAUUCUCUAUGAUGAUGGGAAAAUGGUGGAAGAAGUAGAUGGCCGAGCCACACAGAAAUUAAUUGUUAACCUUAAGCCUGAGAAGUCCUAUUCCUUUGUGUUAACAAAUCGUGGAAACAGUGCUGGAGGACUUCAGCAUAGGGUAACAGCCAAGACUGCACCAGAUGUACUACGCACCAAGCCAGCCUUCAUUGGAAAGACUAAUUUGGAUGGCAUGAUUACUGUUCAACUGCCUGAAGUUCCUGCAGAUGAAAACAUAAAAGGUUACUACAUAAUAAUUGUGCCUUUGAAGAAAUCACGUGGGAAAUUCAUCAAACCAUGGGAGAGUCCCGAUGAAAUGGAAUUAGAUGAGCUGCUUAAGGAGAUAUCUAGGAAACGCAGAAGCAUCCGUUAUGGGAGAGAAGUUGAAUUAAAGCCAUAUAUUGCUGCUCACUUUGAUGUCCUUCCCACUGAGUUCACCCUGGGGGAUGACAAGCACUAUGGUGGAUUUACAAACAAGCAACUCCAAAGUGGACAGGAAUAUGUCUUCUUUGUGUUAGCAGUGAUGGAGCAUUCUGAGUCUAAGAUGUAUGCAACCAGCCCCUAUUCGGACCCCGUUGUUUCAAUGGACCUGGAUCCGCAGCCCAUCACAGAUGAAGAGGAAGGUUUGAUCUGGGUCGUAGGUCCUGUGCUUGCAGUGGUCUUUAUCAUCUGCAUUGUGAUUGCUAUUCUUCUUUAUAAAAGUAAACCUGACAGGAAGAGGGCAGAGUCUGAGUCUAGAAAGAGCAGCAUACCGAACAGUAAAGAGGUCCCUUCACACCAUCCAACAGACCCGGUAGAACUGAGGCGCCUUAACUUUCAAACACCAGGUUCAGAUGAUUCCGGUUACCCUGGUAACCUUCAUUCUUCAAGUAUGGCUAGCCAUCCUCCAAUACCUAUCUUGGAACUUGCAGAUCACAUUGAAAGGUUGAAAGCAAAUGACAACCUGAAGUUUUCCCAGGAAUAUGAGUCAGUUGACCCUGGCCAGCAGUUCACAUGGGAACACUCAAACUUGGAAGUAAACAAACCAAAGAAUAGAUAUGCAAAUGUAAUCGCAUAUGAUCAUUCUCGGGUUCUCUUAUCAGCAAUAGAAGGCAUCCCAGGAAGUGAUUAUGUGAAUGCCAACUACAUAGAUGGCUAUAGGAAACAAAAUGCCUAUAUUGCAACACAAGGAUCUCUUCCUGAAACAUUUGGAGACUUUUGGAGAAUGAUAUGGGAGCAACGGAGUGCCACCAUUGUUAUGAUGACAAAACUAGAAGAAAGAUCCAGGGUGAAGUGUGACCAGUACUGGCCCAGCAGAGGCACAGAAACUCACGGACUGGUACAAGUGACACUCCUGGAUACCAUAGAGCUGGCCACAUAUUGUGUGCGAACAUUUACACUUUAUAAGAAUGGUUCCAGCGAGAAGAGAGAAGUGAGGCAAUUCCAGUUCACUGCCUGGCCUGAUCACGGUGUUCCAGAGCACCCCACACCUUUUCUGGCUUUCUUAAGGAGAGUCAAAACCUGUAACCCUCCGGAUGCGGGUCCAAUGGUUGUGCACUGCAGUGCGGGUGUUGGCCGGACUGGUUGUUUCAUUGUCAUAGAUGCCAUGUUAGAAAGAAUAAAGCAUGAAAAAACUGUAGAUAUUUAUGGCCAUGUAACUUUAAUGAGAGCCCAGAGGAAUUACAUGGUUCAAACAGAAGACCAGUACAUCUUUAUCCAUGAUGCACUGUUAGAAGCAGUGACUUGUGGAAAUACCGAAGUGCCAGCUAGAAACUUGUAUGCCUACAUUCAGAAGCUGACACAAAUAGAAGUGGGGGAGAAUGUCACAGGAAUGGAGUUGGAAUUUAAGCGUCUAGCAAGCUCAAAAGCUCACACCUCAAGAUUCAUCAGUGCCAAUCUACCAUGUAAUAAAUUCAAAAAUCGCCUUGUUAAUAUUAUGCCAUAUGAAUCCACAAGGGUGUGCCUGCAGCCUAUCCGAGGAGUAGAAGGAUCUGAUUAUAUCAAUGCCAGUUUUAUUGAUGGAUACAGACAACAGAAAGCCUACAUUGCUACCCAAGGUCCUUUAGCAGAGACCACUGAAGACUUCUGGCGGAUGCUGUGGGAACACAAUUCCACCAUCGUGGUGAUGCUUACCAAACUACGGGAAAUGGGCAGAGAGAAGUGUCAUCAAUAUUGGCCAGCAGAACGAUCUGCAAGAUACCAGUAUUUUGUUGUAGAUCCCAUGGCUGAAUAUAACAUGCCACAGUAUAUCCUGAGGGAAUUCAAGGUCACAGAUGCCAGGGACGGCCAGUCCCGAACAGUGAGGCAGUUCCAGUUCACUGACUGGCCAGAGCAAGGAGUGCCAAAGUCUGGGGAAGGAUUUAUUGACUUCAUCGGGCAAGUCCAUAAAACAAAGGAGCAGUUUGGUCAAGAUGGGCCCAUUUCUGUCCAUUGCAGCGCGGGCGUUGGAAGAACUGGUGUCUUCAUAACCCUGAGCAUUGUUUUGGAAAGAAUGAGAUACGAAGGAGUUGUAGAUAUCUUUCAGACUGUCAAAAUGUUAAGAACACAACGACCAGCCAUGGUACAAACAGAGCUGCCAACAGCUUCCAUCAGACUGCAAGGAGAGGGCUCCUGUCCUGUCUCAUACCCCACCAUUUUCUUAUCUACUAUACCACAGGAUCAGUACCAGUUUUGCUACAGAGCCGCAUUAGAAUACCUGGGCAGCUUUGACCACUAUGCAACGUAGAAACCCCUGGCCCUUUCUGGAUUAUUACCACAGGCCCUUCAGUAUCCAUGGAGUCCCUUCUGAGCCAUACAGGGCACUUGAGAAGUCCUUCUUAAUGUCUAGCUAACAACCACUUAGUGGGACUAUUCAAAACAAAUUAAAAGCAAACUCUUCCAGGUGGACCAAGAAUUCACAGUUUAAUAAUGUAACCUGAAAAAAUAAUCAUGGGAAUCCUGACUUCAGAAGCAUCUGAGAGAUUUUAUUUACAGAUACUUCAAGGAUUCAUAAUAAAGGGAAAAAGAAAUCACAGCAAAGAACCAUCUUCUUGUUCAGGACUGCGUGACGGGUGCUACAGUUCAGCACCAGGUGUUUGCCAGCGUGGCUUCUCACAAUAAAAUGGACUCUGCUUCAACAUCACCCCUUCCCACCAUGCCACUCAUUAUUACAUUUUAGGGGUAAGGGUGGGGAUGUUUGAAAAGAAUGUCCUUGAUUUAGUUUUUUAGUAUUGUAAAGAUAUUGCUGACCUAUGCUUCAUUUCUAACUGUGUAAACUUUUUUUUAACAAAAUAUAUCAUUCGAUAAAAUGAAUUUUUAAAAACAUUA